CCCAUGGUCCAGUGCCCACCGGCCCCCGCCUGCCCCAGCAUCCUCUGCGCGGAGAAGCUGCGUGCCUGGGGAGUUGGGCCACCAUGCCACCGCCUCUCCUCAUCUUCCUCCUCUUCCUCACCCCCUGGGAAGUUAGGCCCCGGGAGCCUUGGCUGGUUAAGGUGACGGAGGGAGAAGAUGCCCAUCUGCCGUGCCUCACAGACCCCCCUGACAAUCUCCUGGAGUCGCUGGCCUGGUAUCAGGGGGCCCAGUCAGAGCCCUUCUUAGUGUUGAGCCAUCGGGUCCCAGGCCUGGGCCUCCAGAAGGGGCCCCAGGGUGUCUGGCUGUCCCUCUUCAACAUCAGCGAGCAGAUGGGGGGCUUCUACCUGUGCCACCUAGGGCCCCAGUCCUCACAGCUUCAAAGUCAGUCUGGCUGGACCGUCAGCGUGAAUGGCAGUGGAGAGCUGUUUCGGUGGAAUGCUUCAGACCUGGGUGGCUCAGGCUGUGACAUAGGGAACAGGUCUGUGCAGGACCCCAGGGGGCCCCCUGCUUACCCCCCAGCCUCCCGGAUCUAUGUGUGGAAGAAAAAUUACCCUGAGAUCUGGGAGCCAGAACCUCUAUGCGCCACACCGAGAGCUCAGUCAAACCGGAGCCUCAGCCAAGACCUCACCGUGGCUCCUGGCUCCACGGUCCAGCUGCCCUGCGGGGUGCCCCCGGGCUCCACGACCAGUGGUCCUAUCUCCUGGACCCGUGUGCACCCCAAGACUCGGAGUGUCUUACUGCUGAGCCUAAACCAAUUCGGUGAUGACCCUGCCACAGAGAAGUGGGCCCUGGGCAUCCUUAAGGGAGGAACCAUCCUGCUGCUGCCCCGGGUCACAGCAAAGAGUGCUGGCCUCUAUCACUGUCGCCUAGGCAACCGGACCCUCAGGAUGGAGCUGCAGGUCACUGCCCAGUCAGGUCCUGCUGUGUGUCCGGAGCAAAGGGCACUAGAUUAG